CCCCUUUCUGAUGAAUGUGGAGGCUCUCUUGCUUAAAGCGCCUGAGCUAAGCCCUUUUCUGUCGCCUUCACCAUUGCGAUUGCCCCAAGUCAUCACAAUCACGACCCUACCUGAUUUUGGCUGCCCAUCCCAAGCAAGCAGGCAAGCAAACAUGACUUUCCCUACCACUACUCGUGCCUGGACCUACAGCGGACCCUUUCCUCGCGGUUUCAAACUUUCCACCAUCUCUGUUCCUCAGCCAGCCGAAGAUGCAUCCGCUCAGGACUCGCUGAUCGUUCGCGUCACAGCCGCUGCUCUCAAUCCAGUAGACAUUCAGCUCAUGAACUUGCCCCGUGGCUUGUUCGAGCGCGGCAAGAGUGAAGAGCGCGGCAUCGGAUUUGACUUUGCCGGCGUCGUUCUGACUGCACCCAAGGACAGCGGACACCAAGUCGGGGAUGAGAUCAUGGGCACCACCUUCUCCCCUCUCGCCAUCCACCGGGGCACCUUGGCCGAGGUCGCCGUGCUGGACGCCAAAGCAACUGUGGCAGUCGCCAAGCCACAGGGCUGGACUCACGCUCAAGCGGCCGCCAUUCCGCUCGUGUGGCUCACGGCCAAGACUAGCAUCGAAAGCGUAUCGAGUUACUUGACCAUGUCCAAGCCAAAAGUAGUCGUUCUCGGAGGCAGCUCGGCGACAGGUAUCUAUUCCAUCAUGCUAGCCAAGCGUCAAGGCUGGACGAUCCUCUCGACCAGCUCGGCCAAGAACAAAGAUUUUUUGAUAUCCCUGGGCGUGGACGAGCACGUCGAUUACACCAAAGACGACGUCCGACAGCAAGUGACGAAAUUCCGGCCAGAUGCCAUCAUCGACUGCGUGGGCGGCACGGAGUGCAUCGGCAUUGCUGGCAAUAAACGCUAUAUCACCAUUGUUGGAGACAAGACAAGCCGUGAUACGAUGGGCGGUCCAUAUGUCUAUUACGACCUGAGGCAUCCCGUCAACGCUGUCUCGCAAUGGAUUCGCUGGGUCAAAGGUCACGUAGGUCUGGGAGAAAGCUACGACAUCGUUCAUCUGGAAUACCAGAAGGAUUGGUUGCAGGAUGCUCCCGAGGUACUGGCCACAAAGGACAUUUUUAUUGACAGCGUACAUCCUUUUGAGCGGGCGGACGAGGCUUAUAAAAGACUUGAUACCGGCCGCGCUAAGGGCAAGGUCGUUGUUGAGAUUGGCGCUUAAUGAGAAUGGCAUUCUUGAUUCUUCGA